GCAUGAAUCAUACUCGGUCCAACGAAUAUUUUCGUUCCUGGUUGUUGAUUCAGAUUUUGUAGCCAUUGGGGGUGUUCAUAAUGAACUUUCAGGCCUCACAAUCAAAGCAAAAAAAGAUUGAGAAAAUAGGAUCAAAGCGCGAUUUCAAGAUUACAGGACCUUUGCACUUGACUAACGUGGAUUGGAAAAGUGGACAUCACCGUAGAUGUAUAGCCGCCAGUUUGGUUCACGGGGUAUAUGCUUUAGAGUUUGACCGUCAAGAGAAACAGCAAGGUUGUGAAGCUCUGGCACCACCAUGGUGGGAAUUCUUCAGUUUUCAGCUACUGCAUAUACUCGUGGAUAGCAUCGAUUCGUCCACCUUUGGAGCUAUAUAUGAGUUUAAUUCUAAUGCCACCAAGUACCAUUUUGCGAGAAUUCCACGGUAUGUAAUAGCUUUUAGGGGAACCACUAUCAAGAAACAUUCCAUCUCCCAGGAUGUGAAGUUAGACCUACAACUCAUUAAACAUGGACUGCAUCAUUCGCCUCGGUUUGGAAUUGCAAUGCAGGCUGUUGAAAACAUGGUAUCUGUUGCUGGAGCUUGUAAUGUCUGGUUAGCAGGACACUCUUUGGGUUCUUCCAUUGCAAUGCUUGCAGGAAAAAACAUGGCGAAAACGGGCAAUUUAUUAGAAGCAUAUCUCUUCAAUACACCGUUCGUUUCGGCUCCAAUACAAAGGAUCAAGGAUGAGAAAGUGAGGCAUGGGGUCCGUAUUGCAAGCAGCUUGGUCAAAGCAGGUCUUGCAGUUGCCAUUAAGGGUAAACAAGAUAGCAAAAAAUCAGAUGAUCCAUUCAGUGUGCUAUCUGCCUGGACACCAAAUCUGUUUGUGAACCCAGAAGACCAUGUCUGCUCAGAAUACAUAGGGUAUUUUAAACACCGGGAAAAGAUGGAAAGCUUAGGAGUUGGAAGAAUCGAAAGGUACGCGACCCAAACAUCAGUGACCGGUUUGCUGAAGAGUGCAACUGGUAUGGAAUCAGAAGUUAUACACUUAAUUCCCUCAGCUCAUGUGACGAUUAAUCGAACUCCAUCACUAACUUUCAAAAAAGCUCAUGGGAUCCAUCAAUGGCUUAGAGAUGAUCUGCAUUUGCAGUCUAAAGCAUACAGAUACACACUAUGAUUGAUGAAUCGUACAAACAUAUUUCUAUUGUCGUAGUAAUCUAAGUUAAUUUGAACAGUCUUGAUGUUCAAGAUCAGAGAGUUUGUAGGAUUCUCUUCUAUGGUAUGAUUCCAUGAUUCUCCGAUAGUUUGAACACAAGAACUAUCCUUCUGCCAGGUAUCAUAGAAUUUAAA